AUGAUGCCUUUUUUUAGCUUUUUCGGCACUCGUCAUCUGGUUUUACUUAUCACGACAGCAUGUCUGACGUCGAUUCUCUCAAAUAUGAAUACGUAUAAUUUCACGAAGAUUUGUAUCUCGAAUGACACCUCAUCGACACAUAAUCAAAACUAUACAAAACAUCAACAAAGUAUGUUGCAAUCAUUUGUGGCUUGGGGAACACUGGUUGGCGGUGUUCCGUAUGUGUAUCUAUUCUCGAAAUAUUCCCAUCGAUAUCUUUUCAUUUCAGCGGGAAUCAUUUCCGCGGUGUCGACUGCGUUGAUUCCGCUGGCAAACCAGGGAGGUUUCGGGUACUUCUUGGUGGCCAGAGUUAUUCAAGGAGUCGCUUUUGCAGCCACAUCUCCGCUGAUUGGCGCACUGACAGCGACUUGGGCACCACUGGGAGAACACGGGAUUUUCUUGGCGUUAGCCACCGGUUUCACGCAACUUGCCAAUAUUUUUACAAUGCCCGUCUCAGGAGCUCUUUGCUCAUCAAAUUGGGGUUGGCCAGCUGUCUACUAUGUGCAUGCGAUUGUCACCGCUAUCGUUUUCACUCUUUUCUUUUUUUUCUAUAGAAAUCAUCCAAACAUUCACCCACUUGUGAGCCCAGAGGAACUCAAACGAAUAGAGGCUAAUAAAAACAAUGAGAAAAAAGCCUCGGAUGUUCCGUAUUUUUCAAUUUUCACCUCAUUAACGAUUUGGGCUGUUUGGAUCGCAGCACUUGGGGACUUGCUUUCUGUUCAGUUAGUCAGCUUAUUCAAUCCACAAUAUAUGAAAGAUUACUUGAAGUAUGAUAUCUUAAAUACAGGUUUUAUGGCCGCUUUGCCGGUGAUUGUUCAAUUUGUCGUCAAGUGUUUUUCGGGAGCCAUUUCCGAUGCUUUAUACUGUCUCAAUGAGACGACAAAAGUUCGAAUCUUCAACACAUUUGCCCUCGGCGUUUCGGGCCUUGCUUUCAUUCUAUUGGCACUCAUGAACAAUGCACACCCAUCACUAAAUAUUGUUGUUUUGGUCUUCACUGAAAGCAUGAUUGGCUUCAACACGGCCGGCUUCAAUAAAUGCGCCACGUUGCACUCUCGACAGUACAGCCAUUUUGUCAUGACACAGAUUAUCAACAUUUGGGCAGUUUGCAUUCUUGUCGAGCCAUUCAUUGUGAAUCCGAUUCUCGGAGAUGGAAGUUACGUGGGAUGGCGAAAUGUUUUCCUUCUGCAUGCCGGUAUUCUCCUAGCCACAAAUGUCGUUUUUUGUUUCUUUGCUGAUGCGACUCCAGCAAAAUGGACACUGCAGAAAGAGGAAAACGAUUCGGAAAAUUUCGAUGAAAAGCGUCCACCCAUUGAAAAG